UUUUUUUUUUUCUUUUUGUCUUCUCGUAAGGAAAUAUUAUUGUAUACAAACAGAGAAUAAUUGAUGCUUCACUGAAUUUGAAUUAUCACAUUCACAACAUAUAGAAAUUGAUUGGUGUCUGAGCAUACAAGAUGUAAUAUCUCCCAUGAGGAGAAGGAAAAUAAAGAGAAGGAGAUGCGAAAUCAGAUCAUAGCUGAAGCUGAUGCAUACAAGAAGGCCUUCUACGAGAAAAGGGACAAGACCAUCGAGACCAACAAGUCUGAUAACCGCGAAAGGGAGAAGCUUUACUGGGUGAACCAAGAGAAGUUCCACAAAGAAGUUGACAAGCAUUACUGGAAAGCCAUUGCAGAGCUUAUCCCGCGUGAGGUUCCCAACAUUGAGAAGAAGAGGGGCAAAAAAGAUCCUGACAAGAAACCAUCUGUGGCUGUUAUCCAGGGUCCUAAACCUGGAAAGCCCACUGAUCUUGGCAGAAUGAGGCAGAUAUUCCUCAAGCUCAAGACAAAUCCACCACCCCACAUGAUGCCUCCUCCUCCGCCAGCCAAAGAUGCCAAAGAUGCAAAAGGUGGGAAAGACGCCAAGGACACCAAAGAUGAAAAGCCUGCGGAGGAAACAAAGGGGGCAGAAGAAAAACCUGCUUCACCUGCCAAAGACGCAAGUGCUGAAACAUCGAAACCAGAGGUUGCGGCUACUGCCCCGGGAGAGGGGGAGAAACCUGAGGCUGCUGCUGCCUCAGGAGAAGGUGAGAAACCUGUGUCUGAGGCUGAGGGAGGCAAGGCAGAGUGAAGUUUUAUAGGGUUUGUUAGCAUUAAUGUUAUGGGGGAUGAAUAAUGAAUUGGUAUUGAAGUCACAGUAGCUUCAUGCGGGGAAUAAACAUGUGCACAUAGAUAGAAGCUUCGAUUAGGAGGCUUUCUAUGGCAGACGAUACUCUGCUGGAGAGAGAUAUAAUCUUAGUCCUUUGUUUUAGUUUUCUAUUUCUUAUUAUUCAUUUGUUCUCUGCAUGAUUUGGAUAUUGUCUGGGAUGAUGUUCACAUUAAUCAUUUUGAUUCCACGUAUUAUUAUUUGCAAGACUUGAGGAUUUUCAGUUACAGGUUGUUGGAUGAAUAAUAAA